UUUCUCUUGUCUUGUUUCAGGUUCAACUACAGAUCGACUCACCAUCUUGCUUCCAAUGGCUUCUAUGAGUUCCUCAACUGGUUUGAUGAAAGGGCCUGGUACCCCCUGGGAAGGAUUGUUGGUGGCACAGUGUACCCCGGGCUGAUGGUGACCGCCGGCCUCAUCCACUACGUGCUCAACCUGCUGCACAUCACCGUCCACAUCCGGGACGUGUGUGUCUUCCUGGCGCCCGUCUUCAGCGGCCUGACCGCCGUGUCCACCUUCCUGCUGACGCGGGAGCUGUGGAACCAGGGCGCGGGGCUGCUGGCGGCCUGCUUCAUCGCCAUAGUCCCGGGCUACAUCUCCCGCUCCGUGGCCGGCUCCUUCGACAACGAGGGCAUCGCCAUCUUCGCCCUCCAGUUCACCUACUACCUCUGGGUGAAAUCUGUGAAGACGGGCUCGGUAUUCUGGACCAUCGGCUGCUGUCUCUCCUACUUUUACAUGGUGUCUGCUUGGGGGGGUUAUGUGUUCAUCAUCAACCUCAUCCCUCUGCACGUGUUCGUGCUGUUGCUAAUGCAGCGCUACAGCAGAAGGGUCUAUAUCGCUUACAGCACUUUUUACAUCGUGGGGCUCAUACUUUCGAUGCAGAUCCCUUUUGUCGGCUUUCAGCCAAUCAGGACCAGCGAGCACAUGGCUGCUGCCGGUGUGUUUGCUCUGCUGCAAGCGUACGCCUUCCUGCAGUACCUGAAGGACAGGUUGACCCGACAGGAGUUCCAGACGCUUUUCUUCCUGGGAGUCUCUCUUGCUGCUGGGGUAGUCUUCCUCACAGUGAUCUAUCUCACCUACACAGGAUACAUUGCUCCCUGGAGUGGCCGCUUCUACUCUCUCUGGGACACCGGCUAUGCAAAGAUCCACAUCCCCAUCAUAGCGUCCGUCUCAGAGCACCAGCCCACCACAUGGGUGUCCUUCUUCUUCGACCUGCACAUCCUGGUCUGCACCUUCCCAGCAGGUCUCUGGUUCUGCAUCAAGAACAUCAACGAUGAGCGCGUGUUUGUGGCCCUGUACGCCAUCAGUGCCGUGUACUUUGCGGGCGUGAUGGUCCGGCUCAUGCUGACGCUGACGCCGGUGGUGUGCAUGCUGUCAGCCGUGGCUUUCUCCAGCGUCUUUGAACAUUACAUGGGAGACGACACGAAGAGGGAGAAGCCUCCCGCGGAAGACAGCAGCGACGAGGACGACAAAAGGAACUCUGGGAACCUCUAUGACAAGGCAAGGCGGUGUGGAGAAGCUGUGGGGAAGGGAACCGAUAGCCCCAAACAAGCCGUCGUGUCUAAUAUGGAUAAGAGCCCAAAACAGUCAGGAGCGAGCCGAAACGCCGGCAAGGUGCGCAAGCACGUGUCGGAGCAGGAGAAAGCAGAGGAGGGCUUGGGUCCCAACAUCAAGUCCAUCGUGUCCAUGCUCAUGCUGAUGCUGCUGAUGAUGUUUGCCGUCCACUGCACCUGGGUCACCAGCAACGCCUACUCCAGCCCCAGCGUGGUGCUGGCGUCCUACAACCACGACGGGACUCGUAACAUCCUUGACGACUUCAGGGAGGCUUACUACUGGCUGAGACAGAACACAGACGAGCACGCCCGCGUGAUGUCGUGGUGGGACUACGGGUACCAGAUAGCCGGCAUGGCCAACAGGACCACGCUGGUGGAUAACAACACGUGGAACAACAGCCACAUAGCUCUGGUCGGGAAAGCCAUGUCGUCCAAUGAGAGCGCCGCCUACGAAAUCAUGAGGUCGCUGGAUGUGGACUACGUGCUGAUCAUCUUUGGAGGCGUGAUCGGCUACUCUGGCGACGACAUCAACAAGUUCCUGUGGAUGGUGAGGAUCGCAGAGGGGGAGCACCCCAAAGACAUCAGGGAGAGCGACUACUUCACUCCUCAGGGGGAGUUCAGGGUUGACAAGGCCGGCUCACCAACUCUGCUCAACUGCCUCAUGUACAAGAUGUCCUAUUAUCGCUUCGGAGAAAUGCAGCUGGACUUCAGAACGCCGCCCGGCUUCGACCGCACACGCAACGCAGAGAUUGGCAACAAGGACAUUAAGUUCAAGCACCUGGAGGAGGCCUUCACCUCGGAGCACUGGCUGGUCAGGAUCUACAAGGUGAAGGAGCUGGACAACAGAGAGCCGCUGGACCACAAGCUGCGCAGCGUGGCUCCCAAGCAGAAGUACACCUCCAAAAAGACUGCCAAGAGGAAGCGAGGGCACAUCAAGAACAAGCUCGUCCUCAAGAAGGGCAAGAAGCUCCAAAAAAAAUAACGGCGAUGAACUCGAACAGAUGCGAAGAAACCUCCAGCAACCAACAAAGAAGAACAGAGGGGGCGGUUGCCAUGCACUUGGUCUUGAGCGCUUGUCGUUGGAGCGCCCUCAUGUGUUGAGGAAGUGUCAUAUCUGGCUCGCACCAGAAUUCUUGUCUGUUUUACCCCGAGGGCAUCAGUCUUGCUUUUUUUUUUUCUUCUGAUUUUUUUUGUUUUGUUUGGUUUUUUUUGUUUUUUUUACUUUGUACUUGAAUGUGUGGCGAGGCAUAGGGCUGCUUUACUUGGUUCAGCGUUGAUUUCAUUUUUGUGGUGUGUUAAUUAACUGCUUAUCAGUCCAGUUAUCAGGUGAAGGGGAUACGAGGGACGACGGGGAACAUUUGCACCAAAGACCCAUCAACCUUGCUCCAUGGCACAUGUGAACUCUUUGCUGAGGGUGAGGAAGAGUAGGAGUGAAAGCUGAGGACUUUGUUCCUGACACGUGUACAGAGGACGGUAUGCGGUAUGGAGGAACGUCACCGUCUUCACACAUCUUUAAUGUUAACCUUUUUAUCAUCAUCAUCAUCAUCUCCUUUGUGUCUGCCUGGCUCCCUUACCCUUCUUUUCCAAAAGAUUCUAUAAGACAGAAAUUGGCCUAAUUUGUAAAUAUAUUCUGUAAAGAAAAUCUCUAAAAUGAUGGUAAUAUAUUGGAUCAUUGUAGUGACUUUUAAAUAUGCAGUUCUUGAUUUUGUUUUUGCGAUUCUUUAGGGUUUCUUUUUGUUUUGGUUUGUUUGUUUUUGAAUGACAGCAAAUAGAACACUGAAUGCAAUAAUUCUACAGAUAGGUUUGCGGUUUUGUUGGAAGAAUGAAUGUGAAUUUUUACACCCCACUUUUUUUCCCCCACAGAUUGCAUAGAUUGUACAUUUCUGCUGCUAGGGUUUGACGACAGAAGCAGGCAACUGUGUGUAAAAAGUAGUGAUAAUAAAUUAGGCCUCCCCUCCUGCAGAGGGAGCUCUGUAGUUUAAGCGAGCGAAGCCUAGUGCCUCCUCAUCAUCACCUGAUUCUCACCUUGUGGCUGUUGGCGCCGUUGGUUUUCUUUGGUCAUCGCACAUCCCUCGCAGGUCGUCUCCCUCAUUCAGGCUACCCGAAAUGUUUCAAAAUAUCUGGUGAUAAACAGAACUGUGAUGGGGGUGGGGUGGGGGCUCUGACCAACACAAGAUUCUCAAGUUGUCAAGAGCUGUGUCCCAAUUAUUUACUACAGCGUGCGCUUCAAAAACAGCCUUUUUUUUGUUUGGUUUGUUUUUUACAGCUUAGUUAGCUGUUAGCUUUGUUAGCCUAUGUUCUUGCAAUUAACACUUAAUUAAUAUCUGCGUUAAAUGUCCAACUUUACAGUACAGAUUAAAGUGUACUUUAAAGUUUAUGCCCCCCCCCCCCCUUUAAUUAUUCAGCUUAUCUGCUUAGAAACAGGAAGAGGGUACAUUUAUAAAGAUUUGGACUAUGUGUUUUAAAAAUCAGCGGCAAAAUAUUUAAAACAUUUUUUAAAAAUAUUCUGAUUAUCAAACAAUGCUUUCAGCUGCAAAAUAGUUUAACAUAUCAUGAACUGGAAAAAAUAGUAAUUUGUCUACUUAAAAUAUGAGAAAAGCCAAAUGGCGUUUUCCGGUUUCUUCUGAAAUAAAUAGAGUAGGAACUGUAGAGGAGAACUGAGCA